AGCUCGCCAGAUAGUGAUGAAUAAAGGCAACAGUGUACGUGGGCAAGUGUUUCUUGGCGAGAGCUAGGCGUAUAUCAUGGCAGCUCCUAAUUUUGGGUAUUGUCAUGCUCGUUUUCGUUCAACUUGGCCAUGACCUCCUUUCUGGCCACCACUUCGUCAUUGACCCUGCUGGUGACGUAGUCGCCAAUAAGCGCAAACAAAAAGGUGGAGCCACCGAUGUAGUAUCUAGCCUUCACAGGCAAAGCAUUCCAUUUAGCAAACAAUCCCAUGGUGAUGGAGUGAUAACACAAUCGAGUGUCUGGUUCUUAUUUCACGGUACUUGUUGGGUCCGGAAUUUUUCAGUCGAUCAGGUGGAUUUUACUGGAUCUCGCACACUGACAUCUCAUCACCAGCUACCCCAGAGACUGACACCGCCAUGCGGAUUACCACCCAUACAGAACUACCACCGUGCUGUGUAUGUGUACACGCAGACAAUUCGACUGUGUUUUUAGGCACGUACAAGCUUGAAGACGAUGGCACAAGACAUGGGUCCAUCGAUGUGAUGAGGUUGGAUGGAGAGACUCUUACAUUGACCAGUAGAUAUCCUACGGAAAGUGCUGUUCUAGACAUUAAAUUCAGUCCCUUUGACACCAGAAUGCUCGUGAGUGCUCAUUCCACGGGUCUCAUACGGGUGUGGAGGUACAAGGACUCCGAGCUUGUGGUGGAACAGGACCUCCAGCUCUUCGACACAGAAACCCUCGUCACUUCGUUGUUCUUUUCGCCUUCCCAGGAAGGAAAGUUGCUUGCCACCCUCACAUCGGGCGAAUCGGGCAUUGUGGACUUGCGUACCGGCACGUACGAGCCAUUUCCCACCAAUCAUGACCUCGAGUGCUGGACUGGAAGCUUUGGGGAAUCUGGGGAGUUGGCGCACGUGACGUAUACUGGGGGGGACGACGGAAAGGUGAUAGCCCAUGAUUUGAGGACCAACGACAAAAUAUGGGCAACGACCAUGCGCCAGCACGAGGCAGGGGUAGUGUCCAUCCUAUCCUCGGGGCCUCAGUGGAACUUACAGAAUCCGCACCAACUAUGGACUGGUUCAUAUGAUGAUAACUUACGUAUAUUUGAUCUUAGACUCAUGGACAAACUGAACCCCUCGCUUCUUCCAGGCUAUAUUCCCCGAGUGGCUAAACAAGAAAACCUCGGAGGUGGAGUGUGGCGAUUGAUACCCAGCCCCGUUGAAAACGACGAUACUCUUCUUGCAUGUUGCAUGUACGACGGAGCUCGAAUAAUUGAUGUGAAGCAAGACGACGAUUUCGAAGUAACUAAAUACUUCAAGGGUGCACAUGAGAGUAUGUGCUACGGGGGAAGCUGGGGUGUCUCAGGUGAAUUCGUGGUGACCUGUUCGUUUUAUGAUAAGGUGGUCGAAGUGUGGGAACCAACCAAAGUAAAUUAGCCAAUAGUAACAUAUUUUUCUAUCGUGGGUGACAGAUUUUAUCUGGUUUAGUGUAGUCAUUCCGUACUCUUCACAACUUGGAUGCUAUUAAUUGAAUAAACUUAAAUCCAAGGGGACCGAAGAGCCUCUACCACUAGGAUAUAAUUUCUCCUUAGUACCUUCUCCAAAUCUUCUUGGAUGUGGCAAUGCAUUAGAGUUUUGAAACUUGAACCUCUUGUCUUCUAUCACCACCUUGGUAGAAGAAGAAGAAGACUGCGAAGAACCAUUUCUAGCAUUGAUAGUGUAUGCCAGAGCAGAGAUCUUUCUCAAAGAGCUUCCAGCAUUCUGUUGCUGGUCCAAUUUUGAUUGUCCCGAAGGUGGUGGUGGGGGAGGAGGUGCUGUUCUCUUGGGUGGGGCAGCAGUUGGUGGGGGAGGAGGAGA